AGAGCCGGGAGCCAUCCCGCGACCUGCGGGCUGGGAGGCCCGGGACGGGGUCGCGCGUCCUGCGCUGCCGAGGUCCCCCAGCGCCACCUGCAGCCGCGCGUCGGGGGAGACGGAGCCCGGCCCUGCGUCUCCGCACCACGCCCGGGACCCCACCCAGCUGCCCUUGCCCGGAGAAGAAGCGCGAGCACCCGCAGCUCCGGGCCGGCGGCAGAAACUGAGCGUUGGGCCCGGCGGGUGCACGGCGUCCCAGGCCGGCGGGAUUGCUCUGCUUGCAGCGAGCCAACUUCCCCUCCUGUUCCCUCCCUCCCUCCCUCCUUCCUCUCCUCUCGCCAGCGGGCGCGGGACACGCUGCGCCUCAUCUCUUGGGGCGCUCUUCCUUAUUAGCCAAUCGUCGCAUCCCGUGCAACUUUGGGGCAGUGGCCAUUUAGUGUUGAAUGUUCCUCACCGAGAGCGCAUGGCUUGGGAAGCCAGGCUCGGACCCUGCCCCCGAAGGGCCGCUGUCAGGGAGACAGUGAUGCUGUUGCUGUGCCUGGGGGUCCCGACCGGCCACCCCUACAACGUGGACACUGAGAGCGCACUGCUUUACCAGGGCCCCCACAACACGCUGUUCGGCUACUCGGUCGUGCUGCACAGCCACGGGGCGAACCGGUGGCUCAUAGUGGGUGCGCCCACUGCCAACUGGCUCGCCAAUGCUUCAGUGAUCCAUCCCGGGGCGAUUUACAGAUGCAAGAUCGGGAAGAAUCCCGGCCGGACGUGCGAGCAGCUCCAGCUGGGUAGCCCUAAUGGAGAACCCUGUGGAAAGACUUGUUUGGAAGAGAGAGACAACCAGUGGUUGGGGGUCACACUUUCCAGACAGCCAGGAGAAAAUGGAUCCAUCGUGACUUGUGGGCAUAGAUGGAAAAAUGUAUUUUACAUAAAGAAUGAAAAUAAGCUCCCCACUGGUGGUUGUUAUGGAAUACCCCCUGAUUUACGAGCAGAAUUGAGUAAAAGAAUAGCUCCGUGUUAUCAAGAUUAUGUGAAAAAAUUUGGAGAACAUUUUGCAUCAUGUCAAGCUGGAAUAUCUAGUUUCUACACAAAGGAUUUAAUUGUGAUGGGAGCCCCAGGAUCAUCUUAUUGGACUGGCUCUCUUUUUGUCUACAAUAUAACUACAAAUAAAUACAAGGCUUUUUUAGAUAAACAAAAUCAAGUAAAAUUUGGAAGUUAUUUAGGAUAUUCAGUUGGAGCUGGUCAUUUUCGGAGUCAGGAUACUACUGAAGUAGUUGGAGGAGCUCCUCAACAUGAGCAGAUUGGUAAAGCAUAUAUAUUCAGCAUUGAAGAAAAAGAACUAAGUAUCUUACAUGAAAUGAAAGGUAAAAAGCUUGGCUCGUACUUUGGAGCUUCUGUCUGUGCUGUGGACCUCAACGCAGAUGGCUUCUCAGAUCUGCUGGUGGGAGCGCCCAUGCAGAGCACCAUCAGAGAGGAAGGAAGAGUGUUUGUGUAUAUCAACUCUGGCUCGGGAGCAGUAAUGAAUGCAAUGGAAACAAACCUUGUUGGAAGUGACAAAUACGCUGCAAGAUUUGGAGAAUCUAUAGCAAAUCUUGGCGACAUUGACAAUGAUGGCUUUGAAGAUGUUGCUAUCGGAGCUCCACAAGAAGAUGACUUGAGAGGUGCUAUUUAUAUUUACAAUGGCCGUGCAGAUGGGAUCUCAUUAACCUUCUCUCAGAGAAUUGAAGGACUUCACAUCAGCAAAUCAUUAAGUAUGUUUGGACAGUCUAUAUCAGGACAAAUUGAUGCAGAUAAUAAUGGAUAUGUAGAUGUAGCAGUUGGUUCUUUUCGUUCUGAUUCUGCUGUAUUGCUAAGGACAAGACCUGUAGUAAUUGUUGAAGCUUCUUUAAGCCACCCUGAGUCAGUAAAUAGAACAAAAUUUGACUGUGUUGAAAAUGGAUGGCCUUCUGUGUGCAUGGAUCUAACACUUUGUUUCUCAUAUAAGGGCAAAGAAGUUCCAGGUUACAUUGUUUUGUUUUAUAACAUGAGUUUGGAUGUGAACAGAAAGGCAGAGUCUUCAUCAAGAUUCUAUUUUUCUUCUAAUGGAACUUCUGAUGUGAUCACAAGAAGCAUACAGGUGUCCAACAGAGUAGCUACCUGUAGAACACAUCAAGCGUUUAUGCGGAAAGAUGUGCGGGACAUCGUCACCCCGAUUCAAAUUGAAGCUGCUUACCACCUUGGGCAUCACAUCAUCAGUAAACGAAGCACAGAGGAAUUCCCACCACUUCAGCCAAUUCUUCAGCAGAAGAAAGAAAAAGACGUGAUUAAAAAAAUGAUAAACUUUGCAAGGUUUUGUACCCAUGAAAAUUGUUCUGCUGAUUUACAGGUUUCUGCAAAGAUUGGGUUUUUGAGGCCCCAUGAAAAUAAAACCCAUAUUGCUGUUGGGAGUAUGAAGACAUUAAUGUUGAAUGUGUCCUUGUUUAAUGCUGGAGAUGAUGCAUAUGAAACUACUCUACAUGUCACACUACCCAUGGGUCUUUACUUCAUUAAGAUUUUAGAGCUGGAAGAGAAACAAAUAAACUGCGAAGUCACAGAUAACUCUGGCAUGGUAAAACUUGACUGCAGUGUUGGCUAUAUAUAUGUAGAUCAUCUCUCAAGGAUAGAUAUUAGCUUUCUCCUGGAUGUGAGCUCACUCAGCAGAGCAGACGAGGACCUCAGUAUCAUAGUGCAUGCUACCUGUGAAAAUGAAGGGGAAGUGGGCAAUCUGAAGCGUAACAGAGUGACUGUAGCAAUACCUUUAAAAUAUGAGGUUACACUAAGUGUUCAUGGGUUUGUAAACCCAACUUCAUUUGUGUAUGGAUCAAAUGAUGAAAAUGAGCCUGAAACAUGCAUGGUGGAGAAAAUGAACUUAACUUUCCAUGUUAUCAACACUGGCAAUAGCAUGGCUCCCAAUGUUAGUGUGAAAAUAAUGGUACCAAAUUCUUUUAGCCCCCAAACUGAUAAGCUGUUCAACAUUUUGGAUGUUCAGACUACUAAUGGAGAAUGCCACUUUGAAAAUUAUCAAAGAGAAUGUGCAUUAGAGCAGCAACAAAGUACAAUGCAGACCUUGAAAGGCAUAUUCCAGUUCUUUUACAAGACUGAUAAGAGGCUAUUGUACUGCAUAAAAGCUGAUCCACAUUGUUUAAAUUUCCUGUGUAAUUUUGGGAAAAUGGAAAGUGGAAAAGAAGCCAGUGUUCAUAUCCAGUUGGAAGGCCGGCCAUCCAUUUUAGAAAUGGAUGAGACUUCAGCACUCAAGUUUGAAAUAAAGGCAACAGCUUUUCCAGAGCCAAACCCAAGAGUUAUUGAACUAAACCAGGAUGAGAACGUUGCGCAUGUUCUACUGGAAGGACUACAUCAUCAAAGACCCAAACGUCAUUUUACCAUAGUGAUUAUUUCAAGUAGCUUGCUACUUGGACUUAUUGUACUUUUGUUGAUCUCUUAUGUCAUGUGGAAGGCUGGCUUCUUUAAAAGACAAUACAAAUCUAUCCUACAAGAAGAAAACAGAAGAAACAGUUGGAGUUACAUCAACAGUAAAAGCAAUGAUGAUGAUUAAAGACGUCUUUCAAAUUGAGAGAAUGGAAAACAGACUCAGGUUGUAGUUAAGAAAUUUCAGACACUGUUUACAAGAAAA